CGGAAGGCAUUACAUUCUACCGACACUUACGCCCCUGGCGUGUUGCAGAGAAGAUGGAUAACGAGACGUCAACGCUUGUGUUCUUCGUGAACGGCAGAAAGGUGGUUGAUGCAAAUGUGGACCCGGAAUGGACGCUGCUGUAUUACCUGCGUAACAAACUUCGGCUAUGUGGCACAAAGCUUGGUUGUGCCGAAGGUGGCUGUGGAGCAUGCACUGUCAUGAUUUCAAAGUAUGAUCAUAAACUCAACAAAGUAAUUCAUUUAGCAGCAAAUGCCUGCCUAGCACCAGUAUGUGCAAUGCAUGGUCUAGCAGUCACAACAGUGGAAGGCAUUGGAAGCACAAAGACUCGUUUACACCCAGUGCAAGAAAGGAUUGCAAAAGCACAUGGUUCACAGUGUGGUUUCUGUACUCCAGGAAUCGUUAUGUCAAUGUACACAUUGCUUCGGAACAAAAGUUGUCCCACAAUGGACGACCUCGAAGUAGCAUUCCAAGGAAAUCUUUGCCGCUGCACUGGAUAUCGUCCAAUUAUUGAGGGUUUCCGCUCAUUUACUGAAAGCUGGGAGCAGGGACAUAUCAAUGGAAUAAGCAAUGGAUUGGCAAAUGGUGUCUCAAAUGGAACUUGCAGCAUGGGAGAUAAAUGUUGUAAGUUCAAGGGUAUGGAAAAUGGAGUUAACGGUUGCAGUACAGAAGAUGAGGAGGUACUGUUCUCAAAAAGUGAGUUCGUGCCAUAUGAUCCAUCACAGGAACCCAUUUUUCCUCCAGAACUGAAGGUAAAUACAGAACUGCAGAAGCAGAAUAUUGUGUUCAGGGGGGAAAGAACAACAUGGUAUCGGCCAACUGCUCUUCAGACACUAUUGGAGCUGAAAGCUAAAUUCCCAACAGCAAGGAUUAUUGUUGGAAAUACAGAAGUUGGUGUUGAAGUGAAGUUUAAAAACUGCUCUUAUCCUGUUCUUAUUCAACCUAUACAAAUCAGUGAGCUCACAGCCAUUAGCGAAGAAGUAGAAGGUCUUCGAUUGGGAGCCUCUGUUACACUGAAUGAGAUGGAAGAAGCCCUCAGGAACCAAAUAAAAACCAAGCCAGGUUAUAAAACAAGAGUGUUCGUGGCCAUAACUGAAAUGCUGCAUUGGUUUGCUGGAAAGCAGAUCAGAAAUGUUGCUGCAGUUGGUGGUAAUAUAAUGACUGGUUCACCAAUAUCAGACUUGAAUCCAAUAUUUAUGGCAGCAGGAUGCGAACUUCAAGUUCAAAGUGCAGAGCGAGGACAGAGAUUUAUAAAAAUGGAUGAAAAGUUCUUCACUGGAUACAGAAGAAAUGUCAUUCAACAGGAUGAAGUUUUGGUCAGCAUAAAAAUACCAUAUACAAGUGAGGAUCAGUAUUUUCUAGCCUAUAAACAGGCUAGACGAAGAGAUGAUGACAUCGCCAUUGUUAACUCUGCAUUCAGUGUUUUAUUUGAACAUGGCUCUUCAAAAAUUAAAUCCUUACAAAUGGCAUAUGGUGGCAUGGCCCCAACAACAGUAAUGGCUGUGAAGACACAACAACAACUUAUUGGACGAGAAUGGAAUGAUGAAAUGUUGGAAGAUGCUUAUGAAAUGCUAAUAAAUGAUCUUCCUUUGUCACCAAAUGCUCCUGGAGGAAUGAUUCAGUAUCGUAGAUCCUUAACAUUAAGCCUGUUCUUCAAAGCAUAUCUGGCAAUUCGCAAUGAACUUGCUAAAAAAAAUUGCACGCAACCUGUUCCAGAAAAUUAUAAAAGUGGAAUAAUGGGACUUGAAAUGGAAAUCCCAAGAAGUUCACAAUAUUUUCAAGUGGUACCACCGGAUCAGAGAGCAUCAGAUGCUGUUGGAAGGCCCCUUCCACAUAAAUCUGCAUUUAAACAGGCUACUGGUGAGGCUGUAUAUUGUGAUGAUAUGCCACAUCUUGAAGGAGAGCUGUACUUGGCACUCGUAUUAAGUACUAGACCUCAUGCACGAAUAGUUUCCAUCGAUGAAAGUAAAGCUCUUGAAAUUAAAGGAGUUCAUGCAUUUUUCUCAGCCAAAGAUCUGUCAUCUCACCAUAACAUGUGGGGCCCUCAAGUGCAUGAUGAAAAUAUAUUUGCAGCAGGAAAGGUUAUUUGUCAAGGGCAGACAAUAGGAGCCAUUGUUGCAGAUGAUCAACUGACAGCUCAGCGAGCAGCAAAACUGGUCAAGGUUGAAUAUGAAGAUCUGAAGCCAGUCGUCGUCACUAUAGAUGAUGCAAUAAGAGAGAAAUCAUUUUUUCCUGGAUUCCCUGUAUCCAUUACUGAUGGAGAUGUGGAUGCUGCGAUGGCUGCUGCAGAUCAUGUGGUGUCAGGAGAAGCCAGAACAGGAGCUCAAGAGCAUUUUUAUCUGGAAACACAUGUUACUCUUGCCAGACCUAAAGGUGAAGACAGUGAAAUGGAGAUAUUUACUAGCUGCCAGCAUCCAACUGAAAUUCAGAAACUGGUUGCUGAGAUGCUUGGCAUACCAUUUAACCGUGUAGUGUGCCGUGUCAAAAGGAUUGGUGGAGGCUUUGGAGGAAAAGAAUCCCGGUCAUCACUUGUAGCUCUCCCAGUUGCAUUUGCAGCUUACAAAUUAAACAGACCAGUGAGAUGCAUGCUGGAUCGAGAUGAAGACAUGAUUACUUCAGGGCAGAGACAUCCUUUCUAUGCAAAAUACAAAGCUGGUUUUACAAAGGAAGGGAAAAUAAUAGCUUUUGAUGUACAGCUAUUCAGCAAUGCAGGCUGCACAAUAGAUUUAUCAGGGCCUGUAAUGGAAAGAGCUAUGCUACAUAUAGAAAAUUCCUAUAAGAUACCAAAUCUCCGUGUCUCUGGCACAGUUUGUAGGACAAAUCUUCCAUCCAAUACAGCAUUCCGUGGCUUUGGAGGACCACAAGCAAUGUUUUUUGGAGAAACUAUGAUUAGACAUGUGGCACACUUUCUGAAGAAGGAUCCUCUUGAGGUAUGUGCCAUGAAUUUGUAUAAUGAAGGAGAACGAACACACUUCUCUAUGAAAAUUGAGAACUGCACCAUAAGGAGAUGUUGGGAUGAAUGUAUACAGAGAGCUGAUUAUGCAAAUAGGAAGAGACAGGUGGAGAUGUUUAAUAGGCAAAACAGAUGGAAAAAGAGAGGCCUUGCUGUGGUUCCUACAAUGUUUGGAAUAUCAUUCACUAUCAGAGUUCUCAAUCAAGCUGGUGCCUUUAUAAUUGUGUACACAGAUGGCUCUGUAUUACUUACACAUGGAGGAACAGAGAUGGGGCAAGGAUUGCAUACAAAGAUGAUUCAGGUGGCAAGCAGAGUUCUUGGGAUUCCUGAUAAAUAUAUUCACAUUUCUGAAACAUCAACAGACAAAGUGCCAAAUACCUCAGCUACAGCUGCCAGCGCAAGCUCAGACCUGAACGGCAUGGCAGUAUUGGACGCAUGCCAGAAAAUAAAGGAUCGCUUGAAACCAAUAAUAGAUGAAAAUCCUAAAGGAACAUGGGAAGAUUGGAUUCAAAAAGCUUAUCAAGAAAGAGUAAGCCUUUCUGCUACUGGAUUUUACAAAACUCCAAAUAUCACCUACGACUUCAGCAAAAAUACUGGAAACCCAUUCAAUUAUUUCUCCUUUGGUGCUGCCUGUUCAGAAGUGGAAAUUGAUUGUCUAACAGGAGAUCACAAGGUUCUCAGGACAGAUAUUGUGAUGGAUCUAGGUUCCAGUCUCAAUCCAGCCAUAGACAUUGGACAAAUUGAAGGAGGUUUUGUGCAAGGUUAUGGUCUGUUUGCGCUAGAAGAAGUGGUAGUUUCUCCAACAGGCACAAUGUAUUCUCGAGGACCUGGAGCAUACAAGAUACCUGGUUUUGCUGAUAUACCAACAGUUUUCAAUGUGUCAUUACUCAAGGAUGCACCAAACCCAAGGGCUGUUUACUCCUCAAAGGCAGUAGGAGAGCCUCCUCUCUUCUUGGCUUCUUCAGUAUUUUUUGCCAUAAGAGCAGCUAUCCAAGCUGCUCGUGCUGACAAUGGACUGGAUAAGUGGUUCCAGUUAGAUGCGCCAGCCACAGCUGCACGCAUUCGCAUGGCUUGUGGUGAUAAAAUAGUGAACAAGUUCCAGGAACCUGACAAAGGAACAUACACUCCAUGGAAUGUGGUGUUGUAAUCAUAAUGAUGUUCCAGAUCUGCAUGAGACUGGAUACUGAAAAAAGAAUAGAUAUUAAAGAACACACAAAUGUUCUUAAAUAACCUGUGAUAUCUGUUUUAAGAAAAUUGACAAAUGUCAUCAAAUAGCUUCCAUAUUUAUUAUUUUAAUUAAUGCUCAUGGAAUAUUUUUAAGUAAUUAGUGUUUGGAAUGUCUGUAUGAAUGCUGAUGGAGACUGUGAUGUAUUUUGCACAAUUUUGAAUUGAAAUAAAAAUCUGUUCUUCAUAA